UCCACCAACAGCAGUGACACAGUGGUCACAAGAAAGAUGUCCCUGAAGAUUCUCCACCUCUUCAACUUCUUCUUCUUCUUCAUCUCCUUCUUCAUCAAUGGCCUCUGCAACUCAUACAUACACUUCCCCAACAAGUUCAGCAUCCCAAUCCCUCCAUCCUUUGACCCCAACUUCCAUGGAAGAGCCUUCAUCCUUGUCUCUGGAAUGAAGCACCCACCAACCUUCAGAGCAGGCCUUAGUCUUGAACCCAUUCCCAACAACUUGUACUCCUGUUCACUUUCAGUCUUCUUGGGUCCCCUCAAAGUCUGGUCUUCAGAUCACUUCUCCCCAUUCUCCCCAUCCACCACCUGUGUCCUUGACCUCACCUCCAAUGGAGUUCUACAGGUCCAUGAUGGCUUUGGCCUUGUUGGCUGGCAAACCUCCACCUUUUCACAACAAGUUCAGAGAUUGUUGCUAGAGAAAACUGGGAACUUAGUGCUGAAGGAUGAGAAUAACUGCACCAUAUGGCAAAGCUUUGACUACCCCACAGACACCAUGCUCAGAGGGCAGCAGCUCAAUGCACCAUUUUCACUGACUUCCUUGAACUACUCCUUUGAAGUCCUGCAAGACAUGCUGAGGAUAAGCUUGAACUGGAGAGGGCAGAGGUAUUCCUACUGGGAACUUGAACCAAAGAGAAACAUCUCUUUUGCUAGACUUGGUUCCAUAGGAUUGAAACUGUUUGAUAGGAACUCAACAAAGGUGGCACUGAUCAAAGGGUCUUUUCAUUCAGGCAAAGAACCAAACAAGUUGUUGGUAUUAAAUAAAGAUGGAAAUCUUGGGCUUUACUACUACUCAGCUGAAACAGGGGAAUUACAAGCAUCAUAUCAAAGUAGUAACAACAACACUUGUCAACUUCCAUUGCCUUGUGGAAACUAUGGGAUAUGCACAUCCUCUAAUAGCUGCUCAUGUGUUGCAUUUGUGUUCAUUUAAUGGUGAUGUUUAUGAUUUCUGUGAGAAUGA